AUGCGCGAGAUCGUACACGUGCAAGUUGGCCAAUGUGGAAAUAACAUCAGUUCGAAGGUAAGCUAGCGCGAAUUCACGUCUUUUAUUAACCCUAUCCCCGCCGGGGAAAAACGUCCCACCCAAUUAUUAGCUUGGCCUCGUAGUUUUGGGAAUUGGUCUCGGACGAGCAUGGUCUGAGCAUGGACGGGACGUUUCAAGGAGAUUCCGAGCUCCAGCUGCAACGAAUAAACGUGUAUUUCGUAGAAGGGCCAGGUCGUAGAUACGUUCCGAGAGCUAUUUUGGUUGAUCUCGAUCCAGGAAGUUUGAACGCGCUGAUAUCGGGCCCGUGCGGCAGGCUGUUCAAGCCCGACAAUAUGGCGGCAGGUCAGGCUGGCGCCGCGAACAACUGGGCGAAAGGUUACUAUACCGAGGGUGCCGAAUUGGCCGAUAUUGCGUUGGAUCUGAUUCGUUCGGAGGUUGAGGCCUGCGAUUUAAUGCAAGGUAUUCAAAUGGUCCAUUCACUAAGCGGCGGAACCGGCGGUGGAACGUCCUCGUUGCUGAUGACCAAGCUGAAGGAGGAAUAUCCGGAGAGGAUACUCAAGACUUACAGCGUAAUGCCGUCCCCGUUAAUGUCGGACGUGGUUGUAGAGCCGUACAACGCGAUGCUCACUCUGGGCAGGUCGAUCGAGUGUACCGACCAAACGUUUUGCAUCGACAAUCGGGCGUUGCAUCACAUAUGCACGCACGUCCUAAAACUCGCCACGCCAACGUUCAACGACCUGAAUCACUUGAUAUCCAAUUACAUGUCAGGCAUCACGGCUUGCUUCAGAUUCCCCGGUCAACUGAACACCGAUCUGAGAAAAUUACUAGUCAACCUGGUACCGUUCCCCAGGCUACACUUCUUCGUCCCGGCGUACGCGCCUCUCCUUUCACGAAGUGCCCGGUCGUACACGAUCCUGACGGUUCCGGAACUGACGCAGAGGUUGUUUCAUGCGAACAGCAUGUUCGUCUACUGCGACCCGAGGCUGGCCAAGUUCCUCACGGUGGCUGCGAUCUUCAGAGGCAGGAUGUCGACCAAGGUCGGGAAACGCGGCCGUUUUAACCCUGCUCCAAACAGUCCGUACUUCAUCGAAUGGAUACCGAACAACAUACAAACCGCGAUGUGCGACAUCGCACCGCGAGGACUCUCCAUGAGCGCCAGCUUGAUAUCGAACACGACAGCGAUACAGGAAUCAUUCAAAAAAUUAGCGAACGCGUUCGACGAUAUGUUGAAGAAACGAGCGUACAUGCAUUGGUACACGGCCGAGGGAAUGGACGAGACCGAAUUUUCGGAUUGCCGAUCGAUGGUGUACAAUCUCAUCUCGGAAUACCAACGGCAGCAAGAAGCGGUAGCCGAAACUACGAUCGUCGAGGAUCUGGCGAUGCCUCGGUGAACUCCAUCUCGUCCAUGCCUUCGCCGGUGUACCAAUGGAGGAACGCUUUCCUGCGGAACAUGGCGGUGAACUGCUCGGAGAUUCGUUUGAACAGUUCCUGAAUGGCGGUGGUGUUCCCGAUGAAGGUGGAGGACAUUUUCAAGCCUUUGGGCGGGAUGUCGCAGACGGCCGUCUUCACGUUGUUCGGGAUCCACUCGACGAAGAGCUGUUCUUGUUCUGCACGCUGAGCAUUUGCUCGUCGACUUCCUUCAUCGACAUUCUGCCGCGGAACACCGCGGCCACCGUCAGGUAUCGCCCGUGUCUAGGAUCGCACGCCGCCAUCAUGUUCUUCGCGUCGAACAUCUGCUGCGUGAGCUCCGGCACUGAGAGCGCGGAAUACUGUUGCAUAGAUCUGGACGUUAACGGUGCGAAGCCCGGCAUGAAGAAGUGCAAACGUGGAAACGGGACCAUGUUGACAGCGAGCUUUCGCAGAUCGGCGUUCAGUUGGCCGGGAAACCUGAGGCAAGUGGUCACGCCGGACAUGGUCAGCGAGACCAGAAGCCUCGUUAUAGUAAACGGAGAUCCGCUCCAGUUGCAAAUCGCUGUCCCCAUGAUAAAUGCCCGAUUGAUCGAUUCCAUGCUCCUCAGAGAUCACUUCCCAGAACUGUAA